AUGGAAGCCAUGGCGAAAGGAUACAAGGAGAAGCCAGACUCAUUUCCCAAGAUUUACACUUGCCCGAACGAGAUGGUCGCUUUGUCCAUGGCGGAUGGAUACGCCCGCGUGACCAACCAACCUCAAUGUGUUAUAAUCCAUGUCGAUGUUGGCACAUCUGGGCUGGGAGCUGCUAUUCAUAAUGCUUCGACUGGACGCGCGCCUGUGCUGAUCUUCGCUGGAUUGUCACCUUUUACACUAGAGGGCGAAAUGCGAGGAUCUCGAACGGAGUACAUUCAUUGGUUGCAAGAUGUCCCGGACCAGAAGCAGAUCGUUGCUCAGUAUUGCCGCUACGUGGGAGAGAUCAAAACAGGCAAAAAUAUCAAACAAAUCGUCGGCCGAGCCUUGCAAUUUGCCACGAGUGAUCCAAAGGGACCAGUAUACCUUAUGGGCGCACGGGAGGUGAUGGAAGAGGAAAUCACGCCUUACCAAGUCCCCAUCGUAUCCUGGGGUCCUUGCGGACCAGCCGCACUCCCCGAGGCCGAUGUUCGUUACAUUGCGAAGGCGCUGGUAAGUGCAAAAGAGCCGCUUCUCAUCACAGGAUAUAGUGGUCGGAAUCAUGAUGCUGUCAACGCAUUGACUGAAUUAGCAAAUACAGUCAAGGGCCUACGUGUCUUGGACACUGGCGCCUGUGAUAUGUGUUUUCCUGCUGACCAUCCAGGUUGGCUCGGUAUGCGAUAUGGAUCGGAUCCAAGCAUUCAAACGGCCGAUCUCAUCCUCGUGGUUGAUUGUGAUGUUCCCUGGAUACCGACUCAGUGCCGUCCCAAGGAAUCAGCGCAUAUAAUUCAUAUUGAUAUUGACCCAUUGAAGAAGCUCAUGCCGCUGUUUUACCUCCCUACCAUGCGGCGGUAUGCAGCGGAUUCAUUCACCGCGCUCUCGCAAAUUUUGACAUAUAUCAACUCUACAUCUGACCUCCAAAGCACCCUGAGCUCGCCCGCUUACGACGAAAGGUGGAACUCGCUCCAGGCUCAGCAUCAAGAGCUGUUGUCCGAGCUUGAUAAGCGAUGUGAGCCUGUCCCAGAUUCCUCCUCAUUCAACACGUCAUAUCUAUGUCGAGUACUCAAGGCCCUUGUGCCUAGUGACACUAUUUAUGCAAUUGAGGCCGUCACCAAUUCGGUGCUUGUGGCCGAUCAAAUCCGGCCUACCAAGCCCGGUCAAUGGAUCAAUUGCGGUGGAGGUGGCUUGGGAUGGAGUGGUGGUGGAGCCCUAGGAAUCAAACUGGCUGUUGAUACUCUCAGCAGCGCGGACAAAUCCUCAUCCAAGGCGAAGCCCAUGGUAGUUCAAAUUGUGGGUGAUGGGACGUUCCUCUUUAGUGUUCCAUCCAGUGUCUACUGGAUCUCGCAUCGGUACCAGAUCCCAAUUCUCACAAUCGUUCUCAACAACAAAGGUUGGAAUGCGCCUCGGCGGUCCAUGCUCCUUGUUCAUCCAGACGGUCUCGGCUCCAAGGUGAGCAAUGGAGAAUUGAACAUCUCUUUUGACCCGAGCCCAGACUAUUCAGGUAUCGCGAGGGCCGCCAGUGAUGGGAACAUACAUGCAGCUCGAGUUAGUGACCGAGACAAAUUACAAUCGGUCCUGGAGGAGGCUAUUGAGGUUGUUCAGAAUGGAACUUCGGCGGUUAUUGACGUACAUGUUGUUUAA